UUCCCCAAGAGUCUCAAGCAGAUUUGAUAUUGUGUGCCUUCUUCGGAUUCGUCUUUGUGUGUGCGCGCGCCAAACAAAGGGAAGGAGCAGCAAAAUGAGGAAUCUGCUAUUGCCACUCUUCGCUGUGACGCUCUUUGUCACAUGCCGAGCUGUGAAGAUUCAAGAUUGUGGAUCAAAAGCCGGAUCAUUCUCGAAAGUGGAAGUGACAAAUUGCAAUAUGGACGCUCCGCCGUGCAUUCUCAAGCGCAACUCAAAUGUCACCAUCUCGAUUGAAUUCACGCCAGACAUCGAAUGCAACGACGUGACUGCAGUUGUUCAUGGAGAUCUUCUGGGCGUUCAGGUGCCAUUUCCCAUCUCGAAUCCCAACGCCUGCCAGAGCCCAGGAGUGGAUUGUCCCAUCCAGCCCCAAACCACUUACAGCUACACGGCGACUCUGCCUGUGCUCAAGAGUUACCCUAAAGUAAAAGUUAACGUAAAGUGGGAGCUUCAGAAUGCCAAGAAGGAUGACAUCGUGUGCGUUAUAAUCCCAGCCAAAAUCGAAUAACAAUCUUCCAUUUCACGAAGUGUUUAAGUGGGUUUCCUUGAAGAACUUGUCCUGAUAUCCCAAAAAAAACCACAGAUUUUCAUAUGAAAGACUUCAAAAUUUAUUCCAAUUAUUAAAUCUCUUACUCUUCUCGAAUUACAGUUUUGCGUUUAGGAUUCUUACGUUAGAUUAAUGCCAAUUAUUAAAAAAAAAAUUCUGUGUAAUAAAACACCCAAGCAUUCAAUAAAAUAGUUCUAAGAA